CUUUGGGAUCGAACCAGGGAAAAAAUGACUGCUCCAAUGGUGGGGAGGCUGAAGUUACGGCUCCCAGCAAGUUUCACUGUGCCAGCUGGGUCGGCGCAUGGCGGCCGCGCGGGGAACGAUGGGAGUUGAAGUCUCAGCUGGGCUGAGGAGUCAAUGGAUGUCCUUGGGGGAGUUGGGAGACUGGGGCGUUUGAGUGCCUCCACAGAAAGGACUGUUGGACCUCGCUGCCAUGUUCCCGGAGCCUCCAACCCCAGGGCCUCCAGCGUCCGACACGCCGCCGGACUCCAGCCGUAUCAGCCACAGCUCCGUGCCCCCCUGGGCCCUGGCCACCAUUGUGUUGGUCUCAGUCCUCCUCGUCUGCAGCUGCUGUUUCUGUGUCUACCGGAAGCGCUGUCGGAGGCGGAUGGGCAAGAAGAGCCAGGCCCAAGCCCAGCUCCACUUUCAGGAAGUGAAGGAGUUGGGCCAGAGUUACAUAGACAAGGUGCAGCCAGAAGUAGAGGAGCUAGAACCAGCACCAUCCGGGCUGGGGCAGCAGGUGGCAGAGAAGCAUGAGUUAGGCCGACUGCAGUACUCACUGGAUUACGACUUCCAGAGUGGCCAGCUGCUGGUGGGCAUCCUACAAGCUGAGGGAUUAGCAGCCUUGGACCUGGGUGGCUCCUCAGACCCCUACGUGAGGGUCUACCUGCUGCCAGACAAGAGGAGGCGGCAUGAAACCAAAGUGCAUCGGCAGACGCUGAACCCACACUUUGGGGAGACGUUUGCUUUCAAGGUCCCCUACGUGGAGCUGGGGGGCAGGGUGCUGGUCAUGUCAGUGUACGACUUCGACCGCUUCUCCCGCAACGAUGCCAUCGGGGAGGUGCGGGUCCCCAUGAGCUCCGUGGACCUAGGGCGGCCAGUGCAGGCCUGGCGAGAGCUGCAGGCGGCUCCGCGGGAGGAGCAAGAGAAACUAGGAGACAUCUGCUUCUCCCUCCGCUAUGUCCCUACUGCCGGGAAGCUCACUGUCAUCGUCCUCGAGGCCAAAAACCUAAAGAAGAUGGACGUAGGAGGACUGUCAGAUCCGUAUGUCAAGGUCCACCUGCUGCAGGGCGGCAAAAAGGUGCGGAAGAAGAAAACUACCAUCAAGAAGAACACUCUGAACCCCUAUUACAACGAGGCUUUCAGUUUUGAGGUACCCUGUGACCAAGUCCAGAAGGUCCAGGUGGAGCUGACCGUGCUGGACUAUGACAAGCUGGGCAAGAAUGAGGCCAUCGGAAGGGUGGCUGUAGGGGCGGCAGCAGGUGGGGCUGGCCUGCGGCACUGGGCAGACAUGCUGGCCAACCCGCGACGGCCUAUUGCCCAGUGGCACUCACUGUGGCCCCCUGACCGAGUGAGGCUGCUGCCUGUACCCUGAUCCUCACCCCAAGCUCCUGGCCAAGCCUGGAGUCUGGCUGCUGAUCCCAGACUCCUGAGACUGGCCAAAGCCAAGCCCAGUGCUACCUUUUGAAGCCUUUUCUGACCACUGGGUCCCCCAACUUCCCCGCCCCCAUCAUCUGAUCCACUCCUGCUUUCUCACCCCCUAUUAUACCAAUCAUGACAGCCUGCUAUCACCACCGCCCACUCGCACCCGGAAGCCCCAGGGACCCCUGGCAGGAGGAGGGGCAGCAGUCUGGUUCCCAGCCCGACUCCUGCCCUCUGACAAUUAAUGCUCCUGUUUACUAUCCCCCUUUCCCCCAAUCUGCUUUUCCCACCCAGCCUGAUCCUUGCCCUGCUUCUGGGGCCAAAUAAAUAUUCAUCAACUCUG